AUGUCGAAUCCCUUAGUCUGCUCCUCCUUGCGUAAGCGCCCUGUUUGGGCCUCCUUAGCCGAAGCGCUUCUACAAGGAGGUAAUAAUACCAGAUGGAAAGAGGCUAAACUGGAUACCCACGAUGUGGCUCUCCCCUUACCGAAUCCUGGUGCUACACCACAAAGGAUUCUGCGGGCUCUUCUGCUGUCACUGCCUGACGUUGGUAAGGUUGAAAGUCGAACCCGGAUUCAACGACUAUUUCACCUAAAUGGAGGGCAAGACAUCGCGAUCGUAUUCUUGCUUCAACAAGGCCAGGAUCAAGAAAACCCCGUGGCGGCGCUUAUGACACUUCAGCUAGAUCUUGUCGAUGAAUUUGAAAUACCUAUCAUCCCCGUUAACUCAGUUCAAGACGUCUCGAUCAACUUGAUGGCAUUUCAUUGUCAAAUCAGUAUCAGCAGUGGAUCCCGCAGAACGGCGAACCCAGUUCAAACUCUCCUUCCGUAUUGCUCUGAUGGACAACCCCUAUCUGAGCAUGCGGUUAAUGUCCUAACUGAUCUCACGUCCGGCUUCAGAGAUUUGGUGGAAGCGGCGUCGACACAGACGGGGCGGAUGAAAAUGGCCGAAUUCUUAGGAAAUGACUCGAAAAACAUUGCCUCCUUCUGGGCAAAUGAAUAUCUGGUUGAAUGAGGGGUCCUUGUAAGUCGGUGGCUUCCUCUACCGAUACUGUCAUUAUACGUUCGGAUUGGCUAUAAGAUCCAGCCCCUAACUGUGAUUAUUUAUAAACAAUGAGCUGGAUGGAUGCAGCGCGCUUCAAGAAACCAGCAGCGCCACAUCGAAGCAGUCUGGCUAACCAAGCUUUAAAGUGAAGCGUAAUGAGAGGGUUGACAGCAGCCCAGGGCUGAAAAGGUGACCGUAUCGGCGACCUGAUCAACCCGUAGGAAUUAGACUCUUACAUCUUGGCACUGUAGUAAUGAAAAUAUCAGGUAGUUAGUGAGUUCUUACGUGUACACAUGGUGAGAAGUAUCCUAAGCGCCGGGGCGAAAGGAUUGGCGGGCAAAGCAUUACUGGGUCGUAAUAUAUGUACAGCUGGUUAUAGCGAUCGACACUGGUCAACGCGGGUCAGAUAAAGAUCAGAAUCGACCAUGCAUAGGUAGAUACAAGAAUAAGCAAAUACUAGUUCAGGAAAGAUUAGAAAGGUUGGC